GCGCUGGCCUUAUUCACCUUGUCCCUCUUUUCCGCCCACCGCCCGAUAAGCCUCUCCGCCGUCGCCCUCCGCCCUCUGCCCUACACCCCUACCGUUUCAGAUCUCUCGCCCUCCGCCACCUGUCUUCGACCUCCGUAGCGCGAACCUCCCCAUCUAUCUUACAUUGGUCCCGUCCCGCAAUACAACAAGCAGGGACGGUCUCGACGACAACCACGCACGCGGACACCGCCGCUGACCUAUUCACUCCUUGUCGGUCUUCACCUCGCAGCCCAUAUCGCUUGGGCACCUCCUUUCAUGGUUGCCAUGUCGAAAACCAGCAAGAGCGCGGAACAGGCGCAUCGCACUGCUCGAAUACUGUCCUCCGUUGCAGCGACCACCAUAGCUUUGAGCUGCGGCACCAACUAUGGCUUCUCAGCCUGGGCGCCCCAGUUCGCAAAUCGGUUACAGCUCACAGCGACCCAGAUAAACCUCAUCGGAAACUUUGGCAACAUAGGAAUGUAUGCAAUGGGAAUUCCAGGAGGCAUUCUCAUAGACUCAAAAGGGCCGAGGUGGGGAGUCGCAUUGGGCUGCGUCCUACUUGCCAUAGGGUACUUUGGAUUGAAAAGUGCCUACGACAAUGGGCCAGACAGCAUGGGCGUGGCGAUGCUAUGCUUGUUUGCCCUUUCUAGUGGCUCGGGAAGCUGUACAGCAUUCAGUGCCGCGCUCAAAGCUUCUGCAAGCAACUGGCCAUCACACAGGGGCACCGCGACAGCAUUUCCCCUGAGCGCCCUCGGACUGAGCGCGUUCUUCUACACCACUUUGGCAACACUCAUAUACCCUGGGGACACCAGUGGUUACCUCAAGCUUCUGGCCUAUGGUACCACGGCCAUGACCUUCGUGGGCAUGCUUUUCUUGCGCAUUGUGGACAUCAAGGCUGCCGACGAACACACGACAGCCUAUGGAAUAGUAGCGCCCGAGGACGAGCCAGAACCCCACAAACGCCGCAACAGCAAUCGCUUACACCGCACCGGCUCCACGAGCGCUGGCGAGGCAAAGCAUACUCGAGGGGCAAGUAAGAAUAGCAUGUUUAGCAAUGAAGAUGAGACAGAAUCCCUCGUCACGUCCUCGAACUCUAGCGAACCCGGCGAUAUACUGAACGAACGGACGGAUCACAAGGUAGGCCUUCACCACGAGAUACGAGAAAUCACUGGCUGGGAGCUAGCACGGACCCCCAAGUUCUGGCAGCUGUUUGUCCUGCUCGCACUGCUGUGCGGGGUGGGUCUGAUGACAAUCAACAAUAUUGGAAACGACGCUCGCAGUCUCUGGAGACACUAUGAUGACUCUGCUAGCAAGGACUUUAUCAUGAAGCGGCAGCUCAUGCACGUCUCGAUCCUUUCCGUCUGCUCUUUCCUCGGUCGCCUCACUUCUGGAAUCGGUAGUGACUGGCUCAUUCACCAUCACGCCUCCCGAUACUGGACCCUUGUGGCGAGUGCAUGUAUUUUUGUUGCCGCACAGGUCAUUGCGCUCGUUCUGGAAAAUCCGAACCACCUCUUCCUGUUAUCGGGCUUCAGUGGUGGCGGCUAUGGAGUGCUUUUCGGAACCUAUCCAGCUUUAGUAGCCGACGCAUUUGGUGCCCGUGGGCUCGGCAUCAACUGGGGUAUGAUCACCUGGGCACCGGUCGUGAGUGGGAACGUGUUCAAUCUGGUGUACGGCAGCACACUUGACAGCCACUCUGUUUUUGAGGGCGACCCGAAUGGCACUAAUGGUGAGAUGGUCUGUCUCGACGGCAAGGAAUGUUAUGCGACAGCGUACUGGGUCACGCUGGCGAGCUCCGUCGUUGGAGUGAUUUGGAGCCUGUGGUGCAUACGGCAGGAGAGGCUGGGCUUGCUGAAGGAACAGAAGGAGCGGGCGCGCACCCAUCAGCCCUAAAGGGGGGCUUUUUCCUAUCGUGUUGGAUGUUGUGAGCAAGGCGUUGGGGAUAGAGUGGAGAUAGAGCUGCGGUAGUACCACAUAUUAGACUUCUUC